AGCAUAAAGUUAGUAAUAAGACGAGAACAGAAAACAAAACCCUAAUUUUUUUUCCCCCUUUUGCUCUUUCAAAAUUGAGAGCAUCACCAAAACCCAAGGACGAAGUAAGAUGCACGAGUUCCAAAUCUUCGAUUCUCUUCCGGCGUAGUUCAGCUUCUGGUUCGGUUUCUCAAUGGCGAAGCGAGUUUAUGAGGUUUGGAAAGGGAGCAAUGUAUUUUUCUUUAGCGGGAGGUUGAUAUUUGGACCUGAUGCUCAGUCGUUGCUCAUCACAAUUUCACUCAUAGUGGUUCCCAUUGUAAUUUUUUGUAUAUUUGUUGCAAGACAUCUUCUUCAUAAAUUUCCUGCGUAUGAUGCUGGAUAUGCAGUAAUGGUGGUUGCCAUAGCAUUUACUAUCUAUGUGUUGUUGCUGUUGCUCCUUACUUCAGCUCGAGAUCCGGGUAUUAUUCCACGUGCGUCACAUCCUCCUGAGGAAGAGUUCUCUUAUGAUACUUCAGCUCCAAUUGAAAGGGGAAGGCACACGCCGAGCCUGCAAUUUCCUCGAACAAAAGAAGUGACGGUUAACGGCAUGCCUGUGAAAGUAAAGUACUGUGAUACUUGUAUGCUUUACCGUCCUCCACGUUGUUCUCAUUGUUCAAUUUGCAAUAAUUGUGUGGAGCGCUUUGAUCAUCACUGCCCCUGGGUCGGGCAGUGUAUUGGACAGAGAAACUAUCGGUACUUUUUCUUCUUCGUGUCAUCCUCAACCCUUCUCUGCAUAUUUGUGUUCUCAAUGUGUGCUUUGUACAUCAAGUUUCUCAUGGAUGAAGAUUAUCCCACGGUUUGGAAGGCACUGAAACAUUCCCCUGCAUCUGUCAUACUCAUGAUAUAUUGUUUUGUCUCUCUAUGGUUUGUUGGUGGUCUUACAGGGUUUCACUUAUAUCUCAUUGGUACUAAUCAGACAACCUAUGAAAAUUUCCGAUACAGAGCCGACAACAGGCCCAACGUCUAUAACCGAGGUUGCAUCGCCAACUUCUUAGAAGUUUUCUGCACCAAGAUAAAACCAUCAAAAAACAAUUUCCGCUCCUUUGUGCGCGAAGAAACCCCAAGACCCCUCGUCAGCCGGUCUAGAGAGCCAGAAUCAGAGACGACCAGUGAGCCACGAUCCAAAGUCGAAGACGAUCUUGAGAUUGGCGGAGAGUUAUUGAAGAUAUCUCGUCGCCGCACCUCAGGAGAAGUUGCUGAUGAGGAGUUCGACAGGAGAAACAGUAACAGCGUGCACAGUGUUAUAUCGGAGUCAGAACUUGUUUUGUCACAGAGAGCUGAAGUACGGAACUCGAGCUGGGGGAGGAGAAGUGGGAGCUGGGAAAUGUCAUCGGAUAUCCUUCCGGUGACCUCUCCAGUCACCGGAGCUCCGGUGGCAUCUCUAAGAGAAGGGGAUCCCUGAAAAGUUUGGAGGGGUUCUCUCUUAGCGCUGUUCUUGUUAUACAUGUAUGUAAUUGUUUCAAUUUGGGGUAAAAGGAUUUGAAAUUUCAGGAAGCUGUGGCUACCUUAUGUAGUUUUUUGGUUUUUUAGCGUUGAGACUGGAAUUUGGUGACAAGUUGAUUCUUUUCUGUAAUAUAUACUGAUGUUGAAUCUCCUGAUAUGUAACCUUCUGAUCUAUUUUCUUGCUCCUAAACUGUCUUCAGUAAAUUA